GCUGCUACCUGCUCAAACCACCGGUAUAACACGUUCUAAAUAGAGAUUAUCCAUAUUCUAAAGUUUAGAAGAUAGACAAUAGCUACACCAGAUGAUCAUCUCUGCCAUCUGGUGAUUUAGAAUUUGGACAAAUAACCAUGUUCUAAUCAUCUCACACAAUCAUAGAUCCACACAUGUUAGCUGCGGCGCUGUUUUCCCUGGGGCUUUUGAGUUGUCAAGGCGCUUGGCAAUUUGUUUGUAGCGAACACUGUAGCACAACCACAACACAAACAUCGCUCUUGGGUUAAUGGCGCCGGUUCGAAAAAAGAGAAAUUAUUGCCGAGCACGUAUUCCAACAAUUUCAGUAAAGGUGGUAAAGUGCAAUGGAGCUUCAAAAGUGAGAAAGAUUCCACUUACAUGCAAUCGUCCUGCUCUGACUAGUGCUAAGAAAAGGGAAGCUGAGUGGCCUAAUUUACGUCUUGACCAGCAACCACCACCAUCAGAAAGCCUUCCUCCUUGUGAACCGCAUGGAUAUGAUAAUGAAACAGAUAUCAUUGCUAACAGAUGUGCCCAAGAAAAUUCACAGGCCACUUCUUAUAGCACCAGAAAACGAAGGGAAGAAACUGCAUGGGAAAAUUCUCGCCAAAAAUUACAAGAAGCUUUCGUGUCACAGCAGUUUUUGCCUAACAGCACAAUUUGCACUGCAUGUGAAGAUUUUGGAAGGCGACUGCCAAACAUGGCUGUAUGCCGCUGCAAAGAUUGUGGCUGGAAGCAGGUUUUUUGCCUAAGCUGUGCCACAUCGAUUCAUAGCGACCGCAACCUUUUUCAUGUAUUGGAGAUAUGGAAGGAUGGUGCAUUCAUCCCCCUGUUUCCCAACACAAAAAUUUUAACACCACCAGGUCAUGGUUCAUGUGGCACCAUUUAUGACAUCAGAGAAAUUAUAUUCUUAGACUUGCAAGGGCGACAGCAUAUUAAAAAAGUGCAGUUUUGCUCAUGUCAGUCAGAUGCAGAGGCUCUAGUGUCCAUGGGAUUUUGGCCUGGGACAAUAGAAAGACCAAGAGUUGCCUUUGAUUUGCAACUGAUGGACCUCUUCAGUCAACUUCUUUUUGAAUGCCAUUGCUCGCUUGAUAAGCUUUGUGCAAUGAUCUCAUUGUGGAGACAUCCUUUGCUACCAGUUUAUGUACAGCAUAUCUACCCAGUUCUCAACUCUUCAUCAUUUGAUGAGUUUCGAUUUUUUAAAGAUUCUCUUGGUAUUCAAAAAGACGAUUGCGUCUUAUGUCCAAGGCCUGGUGAUGAUGGACCCCUCAUAGAGAUAAUUGAUGCAUGUUUUGGUUUUGUGAGAAAGAAGAGUGCUGGUACCAGUUUCAGUUGCCCUAGAUUUGAAACCAGAAUGUUUGCAGAUCAGAAUGAUGUGGACAACUUUGUUUUAAAACACUCAAAGGAAAUCAAAAAGUCUGAAAAUCCAUGUAAUCAAUACAAAGCUGGAGAAAUAACAGAUUCGAUAAGAUCAAAAGGGAAAAAUGCAAAAUAUGACGAGAAAGCAGUACUUGGUCGAAUUUGUCGGCAUGGUCACCCAAAAGGCUUCAUCAGUCUUAAGCAUGGAGAACGAAUUGCUUAUGCAGUGUAUGAGCUGAAAAGAAUGGUGGAACCUUACAAGAGUUCCCCAGAAGUGAAGCUAAAAUGCAUGUAUGACAUUGCCUGCAUACUGGAUGUGCACUUGCAAAAUAAUAAAGAUUAUGGAUUGGAAGAUAUUUUUGACAAGAUACAAUUUGGAAUCCCAAUUUUCCAUUCAUAUGUCCAUAAAUCUAGAUGUCAGGUCCUGUAUUCUCCUCGACGUUGUGAUGGAUUAGGGCUAACUGAUGGAGAAGGAAUUGAACGAUUGUGGUCAUAUCUUCGAAAGUUUUCAUAUAUGACUAAAGAAAUGAAAUCUAAUAGAAGAACUGACACUCUGACAGAGGCAUUGCUCCAUUAUGCCAGACGCAUGUUGAAUAAUCAAGGUAAAACGAUUAUUCGUUCCUUGAAAAGAGCCAAAGAAAUGAAAAGUAAAACGAUUCGUGAAUUAAGAGAUACUUUUACUUUGAUUCCAGAAUUGCCAAAAGAAAUUACUGCAGACACCGUAGAACAGUGGAAGGAUGAGGAAAUCCAAUUUUUUUCCAAGAAUUCAAAUGGUAUUUCCCAAGAAAACGAAGAUGACUGGCGAUGUGAUUAUGCUUCACUUCUUUGGAACCAUUUUCUUUUGAGGAAUUCCUUAGCAAGUUCUGAGAUUGUUGAUGAAAAGGAAGGCUCGAAGUCAAUUAUUUCUAGCUUGAAGAGGUCAGAUAUGAAGCUGAAAUUAAUUGAGAAGAAAAGAAAUGUAAAAACAAGGUGGAAAGUUAAUGACCUAUCAUUCAUUAAUGCAAUGCGGUUAGCUGAAAAGAGGAAGUCUGUGGUUUUUCUUGAGCAAUUGCAUUCAAUGGCAGUUGAGCGACAGAUGCAAAUUUUGCUUAAAGAAAAAUAUUCACAUGGACAAAAACAGGCCAUUCGCUUGUCAAGAAAGCUGUCAAAGCACACAAAGAGGAUGAAAGAGUUCAUCUCAAAGUACAAUGCAAGGUUGUCUGUUCUAAAUGAACAUGUGCUGUGGAUAUCAAACAGAUUUCUUUCGACGAUGCCAAGAAUAUGCACUCAAAGAUCUUUCAAACUAUUGCUAAGCCUUAUCUUGCAAACACAACACAAAAUGCGUCGCAAAUCCCAUUUGAGACGAAGAAGAAGAUAAUCGAUUUAAAGGAAUUAGAAAAGAGAUGUAUCGAGAGGAGAAAAGCUGGCGUGUGAAUGCAAAAGGCUAUUGAGCCACAAAUUAUCAUUGAUGAAAGAUAUCAAAGAAAAGGUCAAC